AUGGUCCUCUGGGGUGUUCAGGGGUUCAGGGACAGGGCAUCCACCGUGGGCAGCUCCCUGCUGCCGACUGUGCAUUACGAGGCCCCUGCUGGUCCCUUCGCCACGCUCUGCCUUAGUUUCUUCAUUCUUCAAGUGUCCUUGGAGGAGGCAGAUGCUCUGCGUGAGGCUCUGACUGAGCUUGAAGCAGACAGUGAUGAAGACCUUCAGGUGAAGGAGGGGUUCUUGAAUGCAUUUCCUCAUGUGAAAAAGGAGCUGGAGGAGGGCAUAGCCAAGCUCUACGCCCUUGCAGAGAAGGUUGACCAGGUGCACAAGGACUGCACCAUCACCAACGUGGUGGCCAGCUCCAGCGGUGCUGUCUCUGGCAUCCUCACCAUCCUUGGCCUGGCUCUGGCACCUGUGACAGCAGGUGGCAGUCUGUUGCUGUCAGCCACUGGAAUGGGGCUGGGGGCAGCUGCUGCUGUGACUGGUGUUUCUGCGAGCAUCGUAGACCACUCAAACAAGUUGUCAGCACAAGCUGAAGCCAGACGCCUGCUGUCAAGCAGCAUCGACACAGAGAAAGAGGUUCUACAGGUUGUGGGGAAGGCCAAGGUCAAAGUUUUUUCUGCAUCCAAGAAGUGUGGGGAAGACUUGCAAGGCAUUGAGAAGAACUUCCGUGCCAUUCAGGUGGCAAAGUCCAACCCUUGGUUACUAGCCAGUGCCAACCGCUUCAUGAGAACUGGGAAAAUCACAGCCUGAAGUGGGAAGCAGGUGCAGAGAACCCUUGGAGACACCGUUCUAGCAAUGUUGAAAGGUGCCCAAAUCAUGGAUGCAGUAACUGCAGGUGUCUUCCUUCUGAUGGAUGUGCACAGCCUUGUGCAAGACUCACUGCAUUUGAAUGAGGGGGCAAAGACAGAAUCAGCUGCGGAGCUGAGGCAGCAGGCUCAGGAUCUGGAGAGGAAGCUGGAGGAGCUCAUCCAGAUCCAGGAGCAUUUGCAGUUGGACCUGACUAAGUGAUGGAGGCCUGAAGCAGUGCAGAGCUCAGGGCCCAGGUGCAUUUCAAGCACAUGAACAAAGGCAGGAAGUGCUGCAGAGGGGAAAAGAGGGUGAGAUCAAGUCUAUGCAACUGGGUGUUCAGGAACUGUGCAUUUCUGUGGCUGAGCCCAAGCAGGGAGGGGUUAAUGUGGAUGAAAUGGAUUAAAGAGAAGGCAGGGCCCUGGGGUCUGACAUAAGGGAGAAGCAGUGACUAAAGAGUGUGGGAGAUAGGAGGAGAGAGUUCCUUUUGUCAUAAGGAUUCUCUGGUGACCUGGAUAGAAGCAGCUGCAGGAAGAAGCAGUGGGAAUUUUGGGCAAACACAAGAGCAGAAGUUGGGAGUGGCACAGUUAGAACUGUUUGGAUACGGGAGAAGAAACAGCACUCUACUUCCCACAUUUUGCACAAUCUGACACCCAGCAACAGAGCAGUCUACCCUUCAUGACCUGAAUCUCUUUCUUUCCAGUGUCAAUAAAUGCUUA